GCCGCCGUCGAGCCCAGACAGCGUGCGGAGGCGGGAGGCCCGGCUUGAGACACCACAAACACCACCACCACCACCACCACCACCACCACCGCCACCGCAGGCCCCGGCUGUGACCCCGCCAUGACCUGGAGCGCCUCGGCGCGGGGCGCGCACCAGCCGGACAACACGGCCUUCACCCAGCAGCGCCUCCCGGCCUGGCAGCCGCUGCUGUCUGCCGGCAUCACGCUGCCCCUCUUCUUCUGCGCCGGCCUGGCCUUCAUCGGCCUGGGCCUGGGCCUCUUCUACUCCUCCAACGGCAUCAAGGAGCUGGAGUACGACUACACCGGCAACCCCGGCCCGGGCCACCCGGGCGCCGGCCACUGCUCGCUGUGCGCCGCCGAGGGCCAGGGGCGCGCGCCGCCGCCCCGCUGUUGGUGCUCCUGGAACUUCACGCUGCCGGAGCUGUUCCCGGGCCCCGUGUACCUCUACUACGAGCUGUCCAACUUCUACCAGAACAACCGGCGCUACGGCGUGUCCCGCGACGACUCGCAGCUCAGCGGCCUGGCCGCCUCGCUGCGCCACCCGGCCAACGAGUGCGCCCCCUACCAGUACAACGCCUCCGGCUGGCCCAUCGCGCCCUGCGGCGCCAUCGCCAACAGCCUGUUCAACGACUCCUUCUCGCUCUGGCACCAGCGGCGGCCCGGGGGGCCGUACGUCGAGGUGCCGCUCGACCGGGCCGCCAUCGCCUGGUGGACCGACUACCACGUCAAGUUCCGCAACCCCCCGCCGGUGAACGGCAGCCUGGCGCUGGCCUUCCGCGGCACGGCGCCCCCUCCCAACUGGCACCGGCCGGUCUACGACCUCAGCCCGGAUCCCAACAACACGGGCUUCAUCAACCAGGACUUCGUGGUGUGGAUGCGCACCGCGGCGCUGCCCACCUUCCGCAAGCUGUACGCGCGCAUCCGCCAGGGCAACUACUCGGCCGGCCUGCCCCGGGGCACCUACCGCGUCAACAUCACCUACAACUACCCGGUGCUCGCCUUCGGCGGCCGCAAGCUCGUCAUCUUCAGCAACAUCUCUUGGAUGGGUGGCAAGAAUCCUUUCCUGGGCAUCGCCUACCUGGUCGUCGGCUCCCUCUGCAUCCUCGUGGGGUUUGUCAUGCUGGUCGUCUACAUUCGCUACCAGGACCAGGACGAGGAAGACAGCGAGGACGAGUGAGGCCGACGAUCCCUUCCUGCUCCUCGGCCAAGCCGCUUUCGGCGCUGGCCCUUUGCUCCCAACACAACCUGGGGCUCGCCGACCUCCUGUUGUGGGCGAGGGGCCUGGGGAAGGGAAUUAAUGACCAGAGACCUCUUAGAGGCGCCGGGCUGUUCUCGGGUUUUGGACGGCGGAAUGGACGCAUCUGGCGAUUUCUCCCCAGCUCACCGAGUUGACGUGUCAGGUCCUUAAAGUCCACAGCAUUUCAGAGCAAAGGACAGGGCCGAUUCUUGGAGUGGAACUCAUUAAGACCAGCAACAGCUAGCAGUUGGAUCCCGAUUCUGAGUCUAAGCUUUUGUUCCUUAAGUUUUCUGGGACGGAGGUAUAAGGCGGGAAGGGAAGGGUUGAGAUGGAGAGUGGCACCCAUCGAGGGCAGCCUGGAGGGGUGGGGAAGCACAUUUGUUAGAAUUUAGGUCGAGGAAGGAAGAGGCAGUAAGGCCAGAAUGAGCAAGCUUCCCUGGAGUCUCCGUGCCCUUGAAUCUGGGGAUCUUGAGCCAGGUUGGGCCUGAAGCAUUCACCUGAGUUCGGUUUUUCCGGCUAUAAUUUGUUCCCACGAACACUGGCAAUCAUAGUGUUCCGGUUUGGCCUUAAACAUGGGAAGUUGGCGAUUUGCGGAGUGGAUGUGACAAAGUUGCUGGGUCUAGGAAACCAGCAUACAGAUCUGCAGGGCAGAAACACGUCAACUUGUAAUUAAAUGUAAAAACCAACUUCACAAGACGCUAUGUAAAAACUUGAAAAUUCAAGGCCAGUUUGCAUGGCUCGGGGAAAUGCUUUAACCUUAGUACCUUAGCUGCAAAUGAUGUUAGUGGGAAGUUGUUUCCCUGGAAUCUUGAGUGACCCUUGCCUUCUUGCUCACCUCCUUUUCAGUCAUCACCACUUUUUUUUUAAUGCCUAAGGAAAUAAUUUAAUUCAUUCAUAUCAUUUUCACAAAGCGCUAUCUUAAAUGCAGUUUAAAUUCUCCAAUGAAACCCAUUUCUAGUGAUCAUGUUUAAAAAUGCUAUUUUGCAUAUGCAGAAUAGACUCGGGAUUAUUUUAGCCCUUAGGAUAAUGUUAAAAUUACUCAUCUGCCUUUAUUUGAUUGCCUACAAUUGAUAUAAAGCUAUUCUCAGAGGCAACUGGGACAGUUUUCUUUUAAACUCCCCCUUUUAUGGAACAAUAAUUUAAGAGAACUUAACAAUAAAAUUCCCCAGGAUACCGUCUUCCAGGUUCACGGAAGAAACUUGACUUGAUAGUUGUAAGGAUCCACUGGCCUGGCUGUCUAGAGCACUGUAUUUUAAUUCUUCUAAGGCAGCACACGUCUUGUAAGUAUGUUUUACUUUUAUGGCAGUCAAAUGUUGAGUUAGAUUGAAUAAUUUCUACACAUUCUGUUAUUCUGUCCUAGUUGAUGCCUAGUUUUGGAUGAACAGCAUGUCCGUCUAAGAUCAUCUGGGUCAAAAAGUGACUUAAAAUAAUCUUGUCUCGUUUUUAUGUAUGUCAAAAAGAAUUAUUUAGUAAUUCCAGUGUGCUGGCUUCCUGACCUCUGAAUGUGAUAAGAUUUAGUAUUAGAUCACAUACUGUGUUUUUUGACUAUGAAAAGUUGAUCAUUUGUAUUUUCAGGAAGUUUUAUUUAUUAUGAAUGCUUGAUUGAUCAGUUGUCCUCUGUCAGAUGAUGGCGUUUGGUACUUUUUUUUUUCAUUCUAUAGUUGAAGGUAACUAUGCAUUUCACUAUCAUUUGUAGAGCAUUAGUUUUUUGUUAUAAAUUUUUUAUGUGAGACCAUGCAGCUUAAAGUCCUGUGAUUAAAUCGUGGUUUCAGGCUUUGUUUUUGAAAGAGAAUAAAGGUUGUGUUUGUCUUUCUCUGUUA